GUUUGGGUAACCCCGGGUUUCGGGCGUCUUGGUGCUGAUUUGAGGCUCGAAGAUGCUGUUGGAGCCCUUCCAGAGGGUGAGGAAGGUCCUGCUCACGCCAGCGCGGUUCUUCCCGGCGGGAGCGGAGCGCUGCAGCCCCGGGCCCGCCCUCCGCGGGGGUGGUGCCGGCGGCGGCGGCGCGGGGGGCCGGGAGCGGAGGAUGCUGCUGCCGCUCCUGCUGCUGCUGCCGGCGCUGGCCGAGGGGCAGCGGGCGGCGGUGCUGCGGCUGGGGCUCCAGGGCAGCCCCCGAGGGGAGGUGAGCCCGGCUUUCCUCUCCCUCACGCUGGAUGCCAGCCUCGCCCGGGACCCGCGCUAUGUCGCCUUGCUCAGCAACUCCAAACUGCGUGCCCUGGCAACGGCCCUGUCCCCAGGUUUCCUGAGGUUUGGUGGCACUGAGACAGAUUUUCUUAUCUUUGAUCCCAACAAGGAUUCAACUUCAGAAGAAAAAAUCCUCUGGGAACUUCAGGCACAGCAAGAGGCUUGUGGCUCGAAACCUGCAUUUGCUGCUGUUGAGAAGCUGCUGCUGGCCCAAUGGCCUAGCCAGGAGAAGCUGAUUCUUGCCGAACAGAACCGGAAAAAGCACAAAAACACCACCAUUACAAGAAAUACACUGGAUAUUCUCUACAGCUUUGCAAACUGCUCAGGGUUUCACCUGAUCUUUGGACUCAACGCCUUGCUGCGGAAAGGUGGCUUGCAGUGGGACAGCUCGAAUGCCCAGGAAUUGUUGGACUACUGUGCUUCCCAGAGGUACAACAUCUCCUGGGAGCUUGGGAAUGAGCCCAACAGCUUCAGGAAGAAAUCUGGCAUCCACAUCGAUGGCUUCCAGCUGGGGCAAGAUUUUAUUCACUUACGCCAGCUCCUGAAUAACUAUGCCCUCUACCAGCAUGCCAAGCUCUAUGGUCCCGAUGUUGGGCAGCCCCGAAAGCACACUCAGAGACUGCUGAGAAGCUUCCUGAAAUCGGGAGGGAAGGUCAUCGACUCAGUCACAUGGCACCAUUACUAUGUGAAUGGACGGAGUGCAACAAGGGGGGAUUUCUUGAGCCCUGAAGUGCUGGAUUCCUUUGCCGCAGCCAUAUAUGAAGUCCUGGAGAUUGUUGGUGGGACUGUUCCAGACAAGAAGGUCUGGCUGGGAGAGACAAGCUCUGCCUAUGGAGGAGGAGCUCCCAGACUGUCUAACACUUAUGUUGCUGGCUUUAUGUGGUUGGACAAACUCGGGCUUUCAGCCAGGCAGGGGAUUGAUGUGGUGAUGAGACAGGUUUUCUUUGGGGCAGGGACCUAUCACCUGGUGGAUGCCAACUUUGAGCCUUUGCCGGACUACUGGCUCUCUCUGCUCUACAAGAAGCUGGUGGGUACCAAGGUGCUGCAGGUCGGCCUGGCAGGCGCUGACAAGAGGAAGCUCCGUGUCUACCUCCACUGCACAAACAGCCUCAACCCAAAGUACAGAGAAGGGGAUGUGACACUGUUUGCCUUAAACCUCUAUAAUGUUACCCAACAUUUGGAGCUACCGAAUUACCUAUCGAGCAAGCACGUGGAUCAGUACCUCUUAUUGCCUCAUGGCAAAGAGAACAUUCUUUCCAGGUCUAUUGAGCUGAAUGGCCAUGUGCUACGGAUGCUGGAUGACGAAACACUGCCAGAGCUUAUGGAAAAGCCCCUUGGUCCCGGCACCCUGCUCGGCCUUCCAGCCUUUUCCUAUGGCUUUUAUGUUAUCAAAAAUGCCAAAGCUAUUGCUUGCAUUUAAGUGGUCAAUACACACACUCAGGAUAAAUGAAAAGCACUUAGCUAGUAGGGAAUUCUAAUCCUAGAAAUUCACAUUUCUACCACGGGAUUUAAUUCUGGUAAGGGAUGCAAAUGUUGUAGCACUAGUAUGAACUGAGAGCUGGGGAAGACAUAAGAUCCCACUGGGUAAUUGGUACGUGAAAGAUCCCAGGAGAAUUAUCCAGGUAGAACAAGACCAGGCAGGGACUGGUUUUGCUCUUGAUCCAGCCUAUCACUGUGUUUGAGCAUGGAAUCCUCCUCCACACCAUGCACAGAGCCACAUCAGCUUCUCACACUGCUUGGGGCUCUGGCAGCCCAGGCACUGCAACCUCCCAUCUCCCUCUCAUUUCUGCAAGCACAGCUCCUAAAGCAGUUUCUUCAAAAGCUUGCCUUUAGAAAGGAUGAGCAGGGUUUUCAUUUCAGCUGCACAGCUGUGACUUUGCACCAUGUGGGGAAGCCUGAGAGGGGGUUAUGGUUGCUGAGGGUAUCUUGGGGUGGAAAGUGUGGACAUGCAAAGCAAACCACGGUCAGGGUGUUUGCACGGGGAAAGGCCACGCAGAGAAACCAGAUCCUCUAUCAGAUUUGGGGUGGCGCCACACAUUUUUCUCAAGCCAGGGGAGUUCAGUCACAAGAUGGAGCUGUGGCCAUGUGCUUUCCAAAGGCGAGUUGUUGGCGCAGGAAAUGCAGGCUGUUCCUUUAGGGUGGUCUGCCUCUGCCAUCACACACUUCCUCCCUGCAAGGAAAGGAGAGGAGCCUGCCAGCGCCCUGGCAAUAACCCUCUGUGCUCAGGGGGCUGCACUGUGAGAGUUUGUGACUCCUUAACCUGCACCGCCCUGCAGGCAGCUCAGCUGGAAAGGACUUCCCUGAACCUAUGCACGGGUGAAGCUCUCUCUGCUUUACACUCCCUAACCUCGCGGAAACGGCAUAGGAAAGAGGCUGAGCAAACCACUCACCCCUCAACCACCAGAGGGAUAUCAGUGGCCUUAGAGCAUCCUGGGGACAGAACUGCCCAGCCAGGCUCACAUCCUUCCUACUGGGAGAACAGCGAUUUUGGACAGAAAUCUAUGUUGGUGGUGGCUUUUCUCCCCAGCUGUGCCUUCACCAUUUUUGCAGUUGGCUGUGCCAGCAAUAGCUCCCUGUGGCACACAGGCUGCUGGUCCCCAGAGCAACAAAAGGCCUCGGACAGUAGCUGUGGCCACCUGCACAUAUUUAUUUGCAUCUACUUUUCUUGAAGGUAACCCACACAACUGUCAAUGCCUUAUGAUAUUUUGAGCACAGCAGGGAAGAACAACUCCACAUGACUGUACUUCCCUUUUUAAGGUUUAAAAAGAUGCUACCAGCUACAUGGGACUUAAUGUAGGGCAGGGAACCUUUUUUUAAUGAGAGUACUUUUGAAACUGAUGUACUUUUGUAGCUGUGAUGACAACCUGCACACUAAAAAGGUUAUACUUGAGUUCAGUGUGUCAAAGGAGUGUGUGCAUCCACAGAUGCAUUCUGUGAAGGGUUAUGUAUCAGGGGAUAACACAGAUCAGAAAUGAGGAAGGCUGAGUUUGUUUAUGUUGUCCAAGUUCCAUAAAAGAAGUAAAGAGAGUAUAAGACGGAGUGGAAAGUCUUACGUACAGUCAGUAUAAAGUUAAUAAUAUCUUAUUAUUGUUAUUAAAAUAUAAGUUACAACUAAAACAUCAAAGUUAUUAUUUGUCUGGUAGCUUCUUUUUAGAACUCUUCUAAAAAUUUUGUUUAUUCCAAUGCUUGUGGGUUUUGUAUUUGAAGAUUUUAAUUAAAACUAUUUAUACCA